CAACAAUAACAGGAUGAUCGGCAGUGCAAUACGAGGUGAGGCUGUGGAAGUGGAAUUUUUCUGGAGAAUCAGCCUCGAGGCUGAAUGUACGAUGUAACGCGGGACCUCUAUUCUAGUCCUGCAGAGUUGUACGGUAGUCUGAUUUGUUGAGAGAAAUUGGUGGGUUAGGGAUACGAGUGAUCGCCGAUGGAGUUUUGACCGGAUUGAGUAUGAUCAUUAGGCCAGGCGAGAUGAAGAAUGCGAAUGCGAACAUGCCUUAGUGGAGGCAGGAAAUGGAGAGAGUAAGGAUACAAAUAAGGCUCUUUGUCCCGUUCCUGACUUUUAAGGGAAAAGAAAUCAAAAAGCAACUUGAAAAUGUCUAUUAGGGGUAUCAGUCUUUUCGCCGCCUCCGCGCUAUCGGUCUUCGCGGCUCCGGUCCGCGUGCUGAAUGUUGAUUUCCCCGAUCCCAGCCUCAUCAAAGCCGACGAUGGCUGGUACUCGUUUGCUACGGCUGGAAACGGGGUACAGGUCCAAGUGGCCACCUCGUCUGAUUUCAAGACCUGGGAGUUGCUCAAGGGCCACGAUGCUAUUCCUGGUCCGUUCCCGGAUUGGACUAAAAAGGAGGGCCCGGAGGUUUGGGCGCCUGAUGUGAUUAAGAGGGACGACGGCAAAUUCGUCAUGUACUUCUCCGCCCUUACCAGCAAAGACACCUCUGCACACUGCAUCGGCACCGCAACCGCAACCUCCAUUAAAGGCCCCUACACCCCCAACGACAAACCCUUCGUCUGCCCCCUCGACAAAGGAGGCGCCAUUGACGCCGUCGGCUUUCAAGACGAUGAUGGCACGCGCUACGUGAUUUAUAAGACCGAAGACGCCGAGACCACAAUCCACCUCCAACCUGUGAAAUCAGACGGCAUCACACCAAACGGCAACACAACCGCCCUCUUACAGAAAGAACCCGAAGACGGAAUCCUCGUCGAAGCACCUUCUCUGGUGAAAAACGAAGGCACGUAUUACCUAACCUUCUCAUCGCAUCGUUUCGACUCCCCAGAUUACGAUGCGAAAUACGCGACUGCGAAGAAUGUCGCGGGCCCGUAUACAAGACAAGGACAGAUUUUGAAGUCGGGCGAUAAGACGGAUAACGGGACUUUGACAAGUCCGGGUGGUGCGGAUUUCUCGGAGGACGGAAAGAAGAUUGUUUUCCAUGCCCAUCGGAAUGGGGAGGAUGUUAGUCAGGGGAGGGCGAUGUAUAGGGCCGAUGUUAGUUUAGAUGGGGGGGAGAUCACCAUCAACUAGGUUAAUGCUUACCAAGCAUUAUAUUUAAUAAUGAUUAAUUAUGCAUUUUCUAUACAUGAAUGCUAUAUCCAAAUGCAUAUUGCAAGAAAUAAAACAGAAUGGUAUCAUAGCACAAAUCAAAUCAAAUCAAACAUGACCCUUCAAGCCAUCCUCCAUUUCAUGCCAGACCCUAAUAACAUGUGCCCUCUCCUCUGUCCCUGAAGCACACAUCUCCUCAAUCCCCUGCGCAAUUCUCGCAGCGAUAAAAUGUUUCGUCGAGCUGCGCGACAGCGAUUUUCGUAGGUUCUUGUGGAUGCCGUCCAACGGAUAGCCUACUAGGCCCCAGAUGCCAGCUGCAGGUUUCAAGAUUACACCC